AUGGAAAAUUUAUCCGUUUUAGCUAAUACUGUUCCAAGAUAUAAGAAUGGAUUAUUCCAAUUAUUUUCUGCUAUUGAAAAAGAAUUUGACCAAAUAUAUGCAGAAAAUUUAGAAUUAAGAGAAAAAUUAGAAAUUAUUUCUGGUGAAAAAAAUAAUGAAAAUAUUGGAAAAGAAGGGGUAACUACUAAUAAAGUACAGGAAUGUGUUCAACAACAUUUUACAAAAAAACCCAUACAGAUGGGACAAAAAUUGAAGACAGCUUUAAAAGUUGCUCAACCAGGUUUAUUUACAGGAUCAUUGAAAAGUUAUGAAAAUAGUCGUUUAAGGUAUGUUCAAUGUUUAAAAGGACAUGAUGAUGGUAUAUGGGAUGUCUGUUCACAUUACAUUUCCUCAAAAUCAAUUAAUAUUAUUGGAAGUGCCUCAGCUGAUAAAACAGCAAUCCUUUGGUAUUCUGAAGGUGGUUCUUCUUUUGGAAGGUAUACUGGUCAUAAUGGAUCUAUUAAUUCAAUAAGAUUUAAUGAUAAUAUAUCAUCUUCUGAAUAUAUUACAGUGUUAACAGCUAGUGGUGAUAGAACAGCACAUAUAUGGAAAAGUAAAAUAAAUAUUGGUAGUAAAGGUCCAACAUCUGAUGAAGAUGAUACUCAUAGUGAUUUUCAUAAAAUAGAUACUAUUACAAAUCCUUCUCAAAUAUUUGAAGGACAUAAAAAUGCUGUAGUAUCUGCUGUAUUUUUUCCAUCAAAUGAUAAAAUAUUAACAGCAUCAUGGGAUAGAACGGCAAAUAUUUAUGAUAUUGAAAAUGGAGUUGUUGUUAAUUCAUUAUCUGGACAUGAAGAAGAAUUAAAUUAUUGUAAUAUUCAUCCAACAAAAAGUUUAAUAGUUACUGCUUCUAAAGAUUCAACUUUUAGAUUAUGGGAUAUGAGAGAAACAAUGAAGGAUGUCUCUGUAAUAAUGGGUCAUAGUGAUUCUGUUUCAUCAGUAUUAUUUACUAAUGAUGAUAAAGUAAUAUCAUCAGGUGAAGAUAGAACGGUUAAACUAUGGGAUUUAAGGGCAAUGAGAAAUGUUUUAACUAAUAUUAGACUAGAAAGUCCAAUCAAUAAAAUAGCAUAUAAUGAAAAAAUGAAGUUAAUUGCAAUACCAAUGGAUAAUAGAAUUGUAAAAUUAUAUGAUAUGAAUGAGUCUAAAUUAAUACAAGUUCCAAGAAUUAAUAAUAAAUCUCAUAGAAGAAUUGUAUAUAGUUGUACAUGGAUUUCAACAGGUAUUCAAAGUAAUCUUUUUACGUGUGGUUUUGAUAAAAAAAUUAUUGGGUGGAAAGUUUUAAAUGAUCAUUAA